GUGGGUCUUGACAAGAGCUGCUCAACCCUUCCUGUCAAAAAGAACAACUCUGUGGCUGGCAGUGGCGUAGAACUACGCCCCCACUCCCAGCCCUUAUAACCCACCUACAACACCACAACCUCCCCCACCCCACUCCCCCAAACGCACAGACACACAUGGCAGCCUGCUCAGUGCACACAAAUUAAAUCACGUCCUUACACAUCAUUGUGGAGGAAGCAGAGAGAAGCAGGGGACAGGAGGAGUGCUGCUAACUGCUGGGAUCAGUCUUCGACACACAGCAAUGCAGUGAUCCUCGCUUCCUCCCUCGCAAAGCAAUGAUGCUGCUGUGAAGGACAGGGAAGCACUCUGACAGUGUGUGUACACAAAACAGCCAGACAGGACAAGAAGCUGGCUGCUGGAACAUGCAGGGAUAGAUUUGUCACUGGUGGUUAUGAACGCCGUUCAGGUUUGAGGUAAUCAAAUCAGAAAACUGUGCAAUUCCUCUGUGCACUUGCUACCCUCCCAAGACAGUGACAGAUAUAAGUGAGAGGGAAUUGAGGCUACAUGGACAUGCCUGUCAUCUCUAGAAGGAAUGGAUACUGAAUAAUGAUGUCCAAUUUGAACAAGAAUUUAAUACAAACUACAUUGCUGAAAAGGGAAAGGCAUUCCAUCAACUGGAAUAAGCCAUCUUUCUUGCAUAAAGGAGGGGAAUGCCAUGAAAUCUUCUGAGUUCUGGACCUGCAAGUGGUUGCUGCACUUUUUUGCUCACCCCUGCUGAGACUGACUUAAUUGGUACUUGCCUGUUUGAUCAUCUGACAUUGCUUUUACUUUAGUGUGAGGUGCACCGUAUACCUGACAAGCCUACUGCAGCAACCACUGCAGCUUUCAAGAAGUACAGUCUCCCUUCAGCCAACCACAUCACAAGGAACAUGGGAUGUCGUCAAAGCUCUGAGGAGAAGGAGGCAGCAAGGCGUUCCAGGAGGAUUGAUCGGCAUCUCCGCUCAGAGAGUCAGCGUCAGCGCCGUGAGAUCAAACUCCUGCUGCUGGGAACUAGCAACUCAGGCAAAAGCACCAUUGUCAAGCAGAUGAAAAUUAUCCACAGUGGCGGGUUCAACUUGGAGGCAUGCAAGGAAUACAAGCCCCUCAUUAUUUAUAAUGCUAUAGACUCUCUCACCCGCAUUAUCCGUGCACUAGCCACCCUCAAAAUAGAAUUCCAUAACCCAGACAGAGCUUAUGAUGCUGUUCAACUCUUUGCUCUGACUGGGCCUGCUGAGAGCAAAGGAGAGAUUACUCCUGAACUGCUUGGAGUAAUGAAGCGCUUGUGGGGUGAUCCUGGAGUCCAAGAAUGCUUCUGCCGGUCCAACGAGUAUCACUUGGAAGACAAUGCAGCCUACUACCUGAAUGAUCUUGACAGAAUUGCAGCAGCAGACUACAUCCCAACUGUAGAAGAUAUUUUACGUUCAAGAGACAUGACUACAGGCAUAGUGGAAAACAAGUUUACUUUCAAAGAGCUGACAUUUAAAAUGGUGGAUGUGGGAGGGCAGCGAUCGGAACGAAAGAAAUGGAUUCACUGCUUUGAAGGGGUUACAGCAAUAAUUUUCUGUGUGGAGCUGAGUGGAUACGACCUGAAGUUGUAUGAAGAUAACCAAACAAGUCGAAUGGCUGAAAGUUUGCGUCUGUUUGAUUCCAUCUGCAACAACAACUGGUUCAUCAACACUUCACUUAUCCUGUUUCUGAACAAGAAAGAUCUCCUUGCAGAAAAGAUAAAACGAAUUCCACUGACGGUGUGUUUCCCAGAAUACAAGGGUCAGAACACAUACGAAGAAGCUGCCGUUUACAUUCAGCGGCAAUUUGAGGACCUGAACCGCAACAAGGAAACUAAAGAAAUCUACUCCCACUUUACCUGUGCUACAGACACCAGUAACAUUCAGUUUGUUUUUGAUGCAGUCACUGAUGUGAUAAUUCAAAAUAACUUGAAAUACAUUGGGCUCUGCUAGACAAUUGUCCAUCUAAUAUUGAACAAAAUCCAUUCAGGAUUCAGGAAGUCAAGAAUAAAAUUAAAUAGGAACAGUGCUGGAUCUGGCACCAAACAAUGGCAAGGAAAAUUACCACAGUGAUGAUAACUGGAUGAGAUCUGACUACUGCACUGAUUUGCUUAACGAAUUCACUAAAAUUUUGGUGAUUUGCAAUCCAGUAUCAUGAGUUCCAGUAUGGAAUCAUGAGAAACACUGUGAUCUUUGAAAUAACCUCUCCUUUUUAUGUGAUGUGACUGAGCUAUGGUUUAUUUACUCUCUGCCAUCCCAGACAUCAUACAUGCUACUACAAAAUCAAAAGCUGAGUUAAAUGUAUGCAGGUCAAAGAUAACUUGUCAACGUAAACACAGGCAACAGUCCUUUUCCUCCUGUUUGGUUUAAAAAGGGGGGGUCAUAUAAUACUUGACUCCUUGUAAAUAAGAAAUAAUUCAACAAAACGUUUUUUAAAGAAAGAAAUUAAACAUUUAAUUUACUUGAUAUAAUUGAUGUGUGAAAUGUUUCGUCCUCCAUUUUUGUUCUGAACUACACACCACUCUUCAAAACAACUGAUACUGAGUUUACAUCAUACUGGUCUCACUAUAAUGAAAACGUCUUAUCGAUCCAGUUCCACAAUUCGGUACAGAAAUUCUACAGGGAAGAGCAAAAAGAACAACAUGGAAACUGUGGAAACAGCUGUGCUCUAUGGACUUUUUACUUUUGGGCUAGAAAAUAAUUAAGUACCACUGAGAAGUAAAUGAGUAAGUUCUGCUGAUCUAUAAACUGUAUUAACACAGCAGUAACCUGUCUUGACUUGGUAUUUGGGUUUCUGUGAUAAUGACAUCCUUUUGACUACUAAAAAAACACAUUGUAACUAAAACUGAAAUGCCUCUCAUACAGCAUUGAUUUUUCUCUCAUUUUUCCAUGCAACAUUCACAUGACAUAAGUAUGUAAAUACAUUAGAAAAAUGUAAAGUACACACUAAAAUGAAAAUCACGUAAACAGUGUCUAGUAUGUGAAUCUUCAGUUAAGGGCUUUGAGACAAAUUUUAAACACUGCUCACUUUAAGAAAUGAAAUAAAGUAAAUCAUGCUAUUAGUGGGAAAAUGUGUGCUAUCCAUCAUUGUGAAGGUUAUUUUCUUUAGUAAUAUUUGUCUCUAAGAACUUAAAAACAGAUUUUAUUUCUUGAUAUUAAUCAUUGUAAUAUUUGUUUAAAAUGUAAAAACAAAUCUAGACAUGAAAUAGGUAAUUAGAAAAAAUUAUUUUAGGUUAACUACUGUCAUCCCUACUUGCAGGGUAAGAAGACAGAGCAAAGUACCCACCAACUCAAGAAAAUAAUCUGCUCCCAGUUUUUCUUUUAGACAUCAGUAAUAACACAAUAUAAUAGGAACACUGCUUUAUCUUUGUGCCGAUAAAGCAAUGAUGCUUCUUACUGACAUGGAAUCAAGAUCCUCAUAAAAUUUCGGCAAUUUCUGUGGAGAAAGUUUCUCCAUCCUACCACCUGCUGUAAAAAUUCAAGAAGACUGUAGGCACCCCACAGCCGUGAUGUCAUCAUGCUGGCUUAGCAAUCAAUCACAUCAAAUAUUCUACAGAAAGGAUGCUGGGAGGCAUUUUAAAUUAGCUUUCAAAGAAGUACAAAGAAUGCUGGAUAUAAAAUUAAAUAUACCAAGAUGGUUAAAAUAGAGACUAAACUUUCAAAAAAAACAUUUUAUAAAUACAAACCUAAUAGAGGUUUAUAAAAUUAUGAAUAGCCAAGAUAGAAUAGACAGUCAAAAUCUUUUUCCCAGGUAGAAAUGUCAAGUAUCAGAGGACAUGCAUUAAGGGAGAUGUUGGAGGGGCGGCAUUUUUUUGUUACACAAACAGUGGUAGCUGCCUGGGACAGAUUACUGGGGUUGUGGUGGAAGCAAAUAUAAUAGUGACAUUUAAAAGGCCAUUAAACACAUGGAAUGGAGCAAAUGGAGGGAUAUGGAUCAUGUGCAGGCAAAAGAGAUUUAGUUUAAUUUGGCAUCAUGUUUGGCACAGACACCACAGGCUGAAUGGCCUGUUCCUGUUCUGCACUAUUUUAUGUUCCAUUGUCUGCUAGAAAUUAUAGUCAGUAUAGUCAUAUGUCACUUAUGUUACACAGAAUCAGGAUAGAGAAGAAGAAGAAGAAGGACAAGGACAAGGACAAGGACAAGGACAAGGACAAGGACAAGGACAAGGACAAGGAGAAGGAGAAGGAGAAGGAGAAGGAGAAGGAGAAGGAGAAGGAGAAGAAGAAGAAGAAGAAGAAGAAGAAGAAGAAGAAGAAGAAGAAGAAGAAGAAGAAGAAGAAGAAGAAGAAGAAGAAGAAGAAGAAGAAGAAGAAGAAGAAGAAGAAGAAGAAGAAGAACUCUGAGUAGAGUCAUUGGGACGCUGUCUAGACGGUGUUUUUUUAGCAGGCUUUCUUGUUUUUACAAGGCUGAGUUGCUAGCUUGACGCUCAACCCAGCACGGAUGGGAACUGUGCAAGGAAGCCAGCUGGAUUCAAACGCGGGAGCCUUUGCUCCCAUGUCCGGCACUGAUGCCACUACGCCACCAGCCAGCUAGGAUAGGUAAGACCUUGCAUAUAUUCUAUGAAGAAAGGUCACUUCUCCUCUGACUCUAUACUGAAGAGUCAGCAAAGGAAUUCAAGUAAGCUGUGGAUUGUUGAAAGAUGGGGCUAGAAUUAGGGGAAAGAAAAAAAGAAUUGGAAGGAUUUAGGAGAAAUGGAGCCUUGGGUCUGGAGGAUCAGGAGCAAACAGUGGAAGGGACAUCACAGAAUGCAAGCUGUCCUCUCUAGUACAGCCACUUUCCAGAAAAGGUAUGUGAAGAUUGAUGUUAGGCUUGAGGAAACAACUAUCACGAUGCUGAGUUCUUCAACAAUUUUCUAAUUUCCAAUCAUCCCUCCAAGGCCUACUCAAUUGAUAGUUAUAUUUUCACUGCUAUUCUUUAAUAACUAACUGAACUUGGAUCUUUGAGGAACUAUUUGAAUUUCAAGGUAAUGAGGUCAAUGUAACGAAGUCUGCAGCAAACCAUCCUCUCUACAGAAUUAAAAAGGAGAUCCAGCAGUAAAAUAAAAAGGCAGUGAAUAUCCCAUUACAACUAGAAUUCCAGAUAUGCAAAACAAUCCUAAUGUUAUUUCAGAAGCACAGCAAUCACUGUCAUGUGAAAAUUAUUUGAUCAUCUGUGACCAUUUGGAAUCAGUCAUAUUUUAGUUUAUAAACAGAUAUUUGUCUUCUAAAAUAGAGAAAAUAACUGAAGAAAUCGUUUUUAGGUUCUGAAUGGAAUCUGAUCAGUUCAAUGCAAAGUAUAUUUUCUGAUCAUUAAUUUUGCUUCAGAUUUGUUAGUUUUAUGACUAUAUACUUAAAUCAACAUUUUCAUGACUAUGAUACUUUUCAUAGAUCUUUUGUACCCUUAAAUUAAAUUCUGGUUCUUCAAGAUAUUUCUUUUCACAACCAAUACUUUAAACAAUCCUUGAUAUUCUUUAGGCUGUACUUAAUGCAGGUGUUUUCAAAAUAUACCCUUGUCAAUGAAGUACAUACUGCUAAAAACAAAGGUGAAAUGGAAUGUAAGCACUGAUUUUCAUGCAGUAAGUGCCAGGAAAUUAAUGAAAAUUUGAAGGUAAAUUUCACUUAUUAUUGGUGGAAAUAUUUUGUACUGACAGUGCUACAUUGGCAAAUCAUUAAAUCAGUUCAAAUAACUUUUAACUCUUGAGCUGCACUAGCGAUCUGAAUAGCAUUUUCCAAUUAUGAACCUACAAUAAAAGUCUCAUUCUAAAAUACAUACAGUAAAACUUGGAACACGCAGAGCUUUGGUGGUGCUGGUUUAGUAGAUUUCCCAAAAUAUUAUAUAUUAUUCCAAUAUCCCUUUAAUACCAAGACAUUUUCAUUCACUUUCUUCAAUGUUAUGCUGAUUUAUAGUAAAGUUCCCAAUGCACCUGAUAAAUAUAAAGGGAGUGCAAGAAAUGGGAAGCUGGUCAGUUUAAAGAGAGACAAGAAACUGGAACCCAGUAAUAGUGAGAACCACUUGAGUGUGAGAAUCAGAAAAGAGCAUCAGAAGUGGGCACCCAGUGAGCUGGAAGGAAGCAGAAACCAGAAGGAAGUGAGGAGAACCAGGAGUCUGGGGAAUCAAGAAGGAGUUCAAGAAACUUGAUCUAGUGAGUCAGGUGAAAGCAAGUGGUGAAGAGCACAGUAAACAAAACAAGGUGAGCUAAUGCCAAAGCAUCAGGAUUUCCAAAUAGUCAGAUAGCCUUAUAACAUUAAAUUAAUGUGAAGCAAGUUAGGAUUCAGAGAUAUGGUAGCCACUUCUGCUUCAGCAAUAACAAUCUCAUUCAAUAACAUACAGAGAUGAGUUAAUAACUUUAAAAUUUUUAGCAUAAAUCUAUUCAUUAUAUAUACUUCAGAUGUCAAAAACAUAUUAGUUCCCUUAAAUAAAAUCUUUAAUUCACAAGGACAAAACUCUCACUCCAGUUGUAGGCAAUGCAUUCCAUGUGGUAGUCUAUAUUCUUACCUCACAAAACCAAUAAGAUAUUAAUUAUGUCUACCACUGUAUGCACUUCUAAGUAAAAGUACAUUAGGAUGUUAUAUCCUAUGCUUUCACUUACGACAAUUUUGCUAUUAACACAUUUACUAGCUGAAAGUAAAUCUAAAAAAAAAUACAAAGUCAUAUGAUACAAAGAAAAUAUACCGUAGCUGCAAAAAUUCAGUGGAAUAAUCUCAGGAUCUAAGGAUGCCAUAAAUAAGAAGUUUAAUUCAUAAUUUUUACAUUGUCGCUGUAUGCCUUCAAUGCCAUUGCUCUUGAAUUUCAGUACCAGCAUAUAUUAUCGUAGUUCUAUUUUGUGAUAAUUUUGCUUACCCUAUAAAAAUACUCAUGACUUUUUAAAAAGCACCAUUAUUUGCUAUUCGGAUUUUGUAAAGAUUGAACAUUCAUGCUGAAACUGGAAUGGUUAGGGAAACUGGCAGAGUGUGUCAAAAGUGUUAUGGGGCUUGGUGGGAAGAAAUUGAAGGAGAGAAAUAGGAUCAAAACAGAAAUAGGUAAGAUUUAUUGGACAAAAUCACCCUGAAUCAAUAAGUGAGACAUAAUCUGGGAAAUGACAGCUUGAUUUCUAGCCAAUUCGAUUGAAAGGUAACUAACCUGGAUAUUAACUCUGACAUGCUUUUCACUUGUGCCAGCUGACCUGCAGAUCAUUUCCUUCAUCCGCUGAUCUUGUGCUAAAAGAGGCUAAACAGACCAUGCUGGAGAAUUGUAUUGGGAUAAUAAUACAUGAUUAAUUAUGUUCAUUUGGUCUUGUGUAAAUGCUCACAAACUUUUGCUAAAUGGCUAGCAUCAGCUCAAGCCAGUUGGACUACUGCAAACCAAUCAACAGGUAAGUUACGGCUGUACUACACAACAAAAGACAUUGCGUAGGCAAUUGUAGCCUACUAAAGUAGAUGGUGCAACAUGAGCAUCUCCUUUUUUCUGAUGCAGGACAAGAAAUCUUAGUUGACAAGUGCAGCAAAAAAAUUAAAAUUCUAUAAACGGAAGAGACCAGGAAUCUUCCAAUCAGGUAUUAAAACAGCAGUGGGAGGAAGUCACUGUGAAAGUAAAUGAGUAUCCAUCCCCCAAAGGCAGUGAAAACAGUAAUGCAAAACUUCUAACAAUUUCACAUGUAAGAUUAAAACCAAAUACAAUGUCCUACCAGUGUUAGAAAUGGCUUUUGUACAAAAUAUAUCUAAAAAUGUUAAUUGGAACCUUCAUUCUUCAAAUAUGCCGAGGAAGAAAAAUAGUGUGAAAGGAAGAAUGAAGAGCCCUUAGGAGUAUUUAUAAACAGAAGAAUAUGGGGUGCAAGUCCAUAGCUAGCUAGAAAUAGCAACACAGGUAGAUAGCAACACACCCAAAAUGCUGGAGCAGAUAGGGAGGUAAAGAAGGCAUACAGUAUACUUAUUUUCAUUUGUUGGGCCAUUGAGCAGAAAGGUUACACCUGUAUAAAUCUUUAGUUAGGUCAUAUUUGGAGUAUAUAAGCAGUUCCUACUGCAGCAUAAUAGAAAGAAUGUGCAAACUUUGCAGGAGGAGCAGAAGACACUCAGCAGGAUGUUGCCUGGAUUAGAAAGUGUUAGUCAUAAGAAACAGCUGGACAAGCUUGGAUUGUUUCUUUUUUGGAUUAUCAGAGGCUAAGAAGCAACUUAGAGUUAUAGAGUAAUGGACCCCUCAGACCAAAUAGUCCAUGUAGACCACAGAAUCCUUCCUGCAAGUAGAAGUUGCAUUCAGCCCAUAACCCUCCAAGUCCUUUUCCUUCAUGUAUCUUUCCAAAUGCCUCUUAAAUGUUACAAUUUACUCACUUCCUCUGGUAGCUCAUUCCAGGUACUCACAAAUCUUUGUGUGAAGAAGUUAUCUCUUAAGUCUCCCUUAAAUCUCUCUCCUUUUUUUCCUGUAUCUACACUCUAUAAUUUUGGAUUCCCCAACCCCAGGGAGAAAACUAUGACUGUCCACUUUAUUCAUACUCCUCAUGGUUUUAUAAACUUCAAUAAGGUUGUAAGGUAAUGUAAAUGGUGACAGAUGACACACAUUGUUCAUAAUAGAAACUGUUCGACAUAAUUCACCCAUCACUGAGUUGUUGUGUUCACUUUAAGAGACAGUGUCUGACAUAAUGUGGUCAAUGUAAAGUGACUGCUUUUAGUUUGUUUGUAAUGGAAGUAAAGGGAUAUGGUAUUUGUUAAGCACAUAAAAUGACUCUCGCAUGUUUUAUUCACCUACAAUGGUGACCCUGACGAUCUCAGACGAUUCCAGAGUUACUCAACAAGAUAUCAACCAACACAGUCACUUUGAAGCUGCCAGAGUUUUAGGAGCAGCACACAACCAC